AUGAGCUCUUCCCCUGGUAACUACGCGGCGAUGACCAUUGCGGAGCUCCGAAGUAUUCUAACUAGAAAUGGUGUUAAGGUGCCUCAGUCUAGUGUAAAGAAGGCAGUACUGGUAAACAUGUGUUUGAAGGAGUUGGGUCCUGUCGUUUCGAGAAGAGAAUCUUCUAUCGCGAGUCCGCUACCACAAACACCGUCGAGCUCUGGAGGAAAGAGCCCUGUUAGAUCGCGCCGCGGUCCAUCUAGCAGGGAUAGGGGUUCGAGAGUGAGUAAGAGCUCGAGAGUUGGUCGUGAAAGCACUAGUCGAGCUAAGACGAAAUCUCAAGGCUCUGCGGUGACGAGGAGGAGUUCGAGAGCGCGCACUAGCAUCUCAUCCGCGUUUGAUAGUGAGGGAACUGACCUCGUCGAUGUGGCUCGGAUGUUCUCUAGUGAUGAAGAGGAGAUGAGCGAUUCGAAAGGGCCGACCUCCGAGUCGUAG